AUGUAUCAUAGAAAAACGUUUUUGGACGGAUCGAACGUUUUUAGUGACUGUUAUCAACUUUUGAACGUUCAACUGUCAGCAACAACUGCGAACGUGGCACUUACCAACAGAUUCUACUCUGUCGUCAAGUCAUCGAGUCAAGUGUCCGAGGCUCGAGGUACUUAUAAUGUACCGGAACGUAAGAACAUCGCGUCACCUCAUCUCUGCCCCCCCCCCCCACCACCGCCCCCUCGGCCGACUUCCCUCCCAAAAUUUGUAAACGUGAUAUACAAUAGCAAAGAGCAUGCAAAGAGUGAUGGACAUAGAACAAUAACGACACAGAUAUCGAGUAUAAAGCCUGAAUUUCACUCUAAACGAAACAACAACAAAAACAGGUUCAGGAUAAAAAGAAUGCUCAAAACGUAUCGCAGUCCCGAGGACGAUGAACAGAAACCGGGGUACCAAGGCUCGCCACGUGAACGUCGAGGGCGCCGUCGAAUCCGAGUCGGUGAUCGCGUGGGGCGAAAGCCAAGCGGCGGCGGCGGCGGCCGUUCAAACGCUUCAAAUCGCGAAACGAAGUUGUCCGUGUUGGAAAGCCGUCGUCGUAGCGCGAUCAGCGGUUGCGGAACGAUCGUUGUUGCGCAGGUUGCAAGGGCGCUCGGUGUUUCCCUGAUCAGGAGUUACUUUGGAAUAUUUUACAAGUGCGCCUCCUGCGUCAUGGGGAUGUUCAAAUGGCUGAGAAAAGAUUUUGUGCAGUGGGAUCGAAGCAGGAGGAGUCUGCCGUCUCCGGAUCGACGAGGACUCAACAACGAUCAGGACCGCAAAGGCACCUUGACAGUGGUUCUAGAACGGCGUCGAAACCGCCGCAAUGAUUCCAACGACGUGUGCCUCCUGUCACAGUCCGAAGACACGGAAGAGAUUCAAAGCUGUGUUUCUGGUUCGCUAAACAGCUUGAACUACACCGAAGACCGCGCCAGCAGCGAGGCGUACAGAAGCGCACUCCAAGCGUUUCUAGAUCGUCGCCGUGAACCGGCCGAGGGAUCGGAGGGUGAUCCUUCGCCGAAAUUGAGUCCGACGAACAACCGAGUCGAAAUCUUCAGAAACAAUACGAACAGCGAGAAGCAACUGGGUUAUGAAAACCCGCCGAUCCCGGGGGUUCCCCACGUCGAGGCGUCGGAACUCUUUGAAGUCGGCUGGGUCGCCGGUACGGAAGAUCGCUACCUCGAGCUCAUCGCCGCUGAAUGGCAAAACACGAGGACUGCUCUUCGCCGAAGUUCGCAUCCGGACUGCUUCACCGCUGUACGAGCCGACCUGAACGUUCUCACGGAAAUCCGGCAUCCGCAUACCCUCCUGCUGAUGGGAACGACGCGUACUGAUGAGCACGGAAUCGUCGCGAUUUUCGAGUCGGUCGACUGCACCCUUUACAACUACGUCCACGAACAGGGGGAGCGUGUAAGCGUCCAGGGUGCGGCGCGAUGUGCCGGACAGCUAGCAGAUGCCCUGAGGCACGCCCACGCGAGAGGAAUCAUCCACGGAGCCCUGAGUUCGCAUUGCGUAUUUCUCGCUGCUAGCGGUACCGCGAAACUUGGCGGAUGGGAACUCGCCGUGCGUGAAAACGAGCCCCGGCCUUACCGCGAAUGGGAGGAGAGACUGAGGACAGAAAUAUUCAAGUGGCAAGCACCUGAGAUGUUUUACGGCGAUGCACCUAGUCGGGCGUGCGAUGUUUACGCCCUGGCUCUACUAAUUUGGGAAAUGUGUACAGGCCGAGUACCCUGGAGCGGAUUAAACGAGGCGGAAAUAGAACGACAGUACAUACACUGGGAGCGUGGGAUAUCAACGGAUACAUACAAUUUUCCACCGCUGUUAAACAACCUGCUUGAGGUCGGUCUCCAGCUGGACGUUAAGAAGAGGAAAUUGGACAUGGAUCGUACGCGCAGAUUUUUACGUCGAAUCGAGCUACGUUACGAAGAGGAAGAACCGAUUUACGUAAAUCGGCAAGCGAACAACAAUAAUUCGCACGUAAAAACGUUCAACGCACCUGUCGCCACAUCGCCGUUGGUUAAAUCGCCGGUGGUAACUACCCCAAAACGGGAUACGAAUGAGAUAAACAACACUCUGACGGCGAAGAAGCUAUUCAAUUCGGGAAAAACGUCGGUUGAUCACGGAGGGCAGAAAAAUGGAAAGAAUCAGAUCUACUCUAAUGAUGGGUACACGGCGUCAGACAAAAAAAAUUCAAAUGUGUACGCGGAGACGAGGAGAAAGAAUUACGGGCAUGUGUCACCCCAUGAAACUCGCAAAGACGUAUUUGAGUUUCGCGAGAGAACGGUAGGCAAACGGGAGAAACUUGGCUACACCGAUGAGAAAAGGCAGCGCAGAUCUACGAAGCCGACGUCCAACAAUUUCGAGAAGAAGGCAAAUAAGAAUUUGAACAAACUAGUCGCGUAUGAGAGCAGUUUUUCCGAGUCCUCGACCGCAAUCGAAACUACAGAAUCAAGCGGUGACGAAUCCACAAACGAUACCGUGACCGAUUUGAAAAAACUCAAAGAAUUGAUAGCGGCUAAAAGAUCCAACUUUUUCUACGGUACCAGCUCACUCACGAACCUUGAAAGCCUUGAAGUACCUGACAUACCACAAUCAAGUCCACGAUCGAGAGAAAGGAUUUUAAGAGAGGCGAGAGAGAAAAGCUGUGAGCCGUGUAAACCUGCGAGUCAUAAAACAAACUUCGAACCGCUAGUGUGCAAGUCGCCCACAGAGUACAAUCCAACUUUAAUCAAGCCUGCGAGCCAUCAAAUUCAAAGAGUGGUACAGUCACCGCUAAACCAGGAGCAUCAACAAUCAAUUCUAUGCUCGCAAACACUGAACUCUAGCUCUGCUAGCUUUUUUGAAACGUCACUUUGGAGGAAGGAGAAGUUGAUUUGCUUGUCUAAGAUGCAUAAAGACAACCAUAGUAGCGCGCAUAACCUUUCAACUAUCGAUAAUAAACAACUCACUUCCAAAUCGUCGGAAUCUCCAGAAAGUGAUUCAACCUAUAUUGUCAGCAAUAAUACUGCAGCACACUACAAAGCUGACGUUAUACACCCAGAUUCUGUUUUGAUGACGGACACAACGACUACCGAAAUGGAUGCCAGUCAAAAUCGUACGUCCGAAAGUCUGCCAUUACAGGCAUUGAAGGAAGCCCUUGAUCGAGCUACGAUUAUCAUUAAUUCAGCAACACCAAAUAACGUGGAAACGAGCCAAUUUUCACCAUUGCAAAGUCCCAACGUCUCAGGCAUUGUAUUUGAUGAAACUGGUGCUAACGAAUCAAUCUUUGAAAAUUUAAACAGAUCAAAGCUGUGCAUUAAUAAUUCAAGCGAGGAGAUAAAAAGCAUUGAACGAUCGACAAAUGGUGACCGUGAUUCGCUACUUGCCACCGAAAUAGCGACGACAGAAGAAGCUGUUGAAGAAAGUUUACCUGAAGAUCGUUUAAGUAUUGACGACAACAACGAAAAAUCAAAAUGUGUGUCUUUCGGUCAAAAAUCAGGAUAUAUUUUUGAUAGUACGACAGAAUCAAAAAUAAAUGACUCUUUGUUUCAAAGAUUGCACGAUUUUACGUGCAACGACUUGAAUGGUGACGACACGCAUGAUGCAAACGACAGCCUGAACCGUUUGGCUGAGAAAAGUCUCACCUCAACAGCAAUGAUAUUUUUAAGUGCUAAAAGUCAGGAAAAAGGUUGCAAAAGUUGCCAACACAAAAAUUUACUUGCCAGACGAAGAUCCCUUCCUGCCGGAUUGGGGCACUUCAGAUCUUUAAGCAACGUUUCACCGCUUGGAAGAUUGCCCAUUAGAAGAGGGGAAGUUCCUGACAACACGGUGGAAGACUUGUACAUUGACGAUGAAUUCGGAGAAAACUUGAACAUAAACAUGGUCUUUCUGGAAGAUGAAGACGAGCCUAAUGACCAUGACAUACUUUCCAGUCUGCUUCAAUCAUCCGAUGCGUAAUAUAAUUCAUAAUUCACAUUUAUUCUAUAUACUAGAUUUUUCCCAGCCUACGAAGAAAAAAAAAAAAAAAAAAAAAAAAAAACAAUUACUUCCAGUACUCUUUGUACGUUUGAUAAAUUUUUCCAAAUUUUUUAAAAUUGAGUUAUAGAUUUUUACGAAAGUAACCGUAAGAUUGAAAUAUACUGACAGUAGAUAUUGUAAAAAAAGAACCACACGAUUAGCAUCAACGAUAACAAACUUAUGACAGUGAUUUUUCUAAACAAUAUCAAACACAUGCUUUUAUUUUAUCAAUAAUUUUGUAUUCAUUUGUACGUAUAAGUAGUGAUAUGUUUCUAGAAUUAGAAACAACAUGAUGUAUUUUAAUUUCUCUUUCAUGAACUUGAGUCGAACAUUCCAAAGUUGAAAUUGGAGAAUGACAAGUUUUGUGAUAGUAAAUGUACGUUCAAAAGGUAUUGUAUAACGCUAUAUAAGAUAUUUGGUUUAAAAGAAAAAAAAAAAAAUAACUACAAUCGUCAAUAUUGAAAUGAUAAUAUGUGUGGUUGAAUUAAUGCUAUAAAUAAUAAAAUCUGUUCCUAUCGCACCAAAGACAUAUAGCGAGCACCAAAAAACAAGACGACCGAAUCAUCAUUGCUUUUAAGAGUUAUCAGUAUUUAAUGUGUCAGUUUGUUUCGUAUUAAACUUGAACUAGGGAUAAGUUUGUUUUAUACCCGAUCUAAACUUAAUAUGAUAUUCGAUAUUACCGACGAUUCCUAUAAAUAUGUUUUCCGUC